GACGACAUCUUUGGCUCAGCACCAAACUCACCUCUGCAAUCGCCAACUCAAGACGAGAACGACAUCAAUAUCCCGGCUGCUCAGCUCCACACAUCAAAUUCAGAACGCUCAGAUAUACCCCGUCUACGCAGCGUGCACGUAACUUCCGGCUACCGCGAUGGCAUUUCCGUAUCAAAAGCCGAGCACGUCCAACACGGCUUUGACGAGGGCUUUUCCCUAGGUGCAGUCAUUGGAUUGAAAUCUGGAUGGUUGCUGGGUAUUCUCGAGGGCUUGGUCAGAGCUAUACAAUCUGCUUCUACCAUCUCAGAGCAAGCCAAGGAGGACGUGGUUGCAAAUUUCAUCACUGCGAGAAUGGAAUUGGGCUUGCAGAGUCUGUUUGGCAAAGAGUACUUUGGUGAAGACGGGAUUUGGGUGUUUGAGGUGCAAGGGGAGGGAGAGGGGGAAGUGACGUUUAGGGAUGUGGCUGAUGCGCAUCCGCUGGUGAAGAAGUGGGUGGAUGAGGUUGAG